CAAUAAGCAUUCUCCCCUCAUCUGUGCUUCAAUGGGCAGAACCUAAGAAAUAACUCAUACUUUCAGAGAUUGAUUUCAGAGAAUUCAGCAAAACAAAAGGUAUUUUUAAUGAACAUUGUGUUAUUGCCAUGGAAGGCAAAAUGCUUCCAUCAGUUCUUCAUCAGAAAGCCUCCAAACAGUUGUCCAAACAACCAACACAAGCAAUGGAUAUCAAGUACAAAGGCAUAAUUGUGAAGGAGACACAGCUGAAUUGCUUCUACACUUGUCCUGGAGGCGCCAACUAUGGUAGCAGCCGAGCUGUAUUUGCCCGUGGCCUUUCAAAUGCCAGGACGGACGGUCUGGCUCCAGAGCACAUCCCAAGUCCUGGAGCUGCCUUGUCGUGGCAGGCAGCCAUCGACGCGGCCAGACAAGCCAAAGCCGCCGCGAUGAUGGGCAACAAUAUGGUCUCUACGGCCAACUCAACCCAAAGGAAAAGGCAACAGUAUAGCAAGCAGAAAAAACAAGCUAGCGCCGCGACCACACGUCCACCACGGGCUCUCUUCUGCUUGACUCUCAAAAACCCUUUGAGGCGAGCAUGUAUCAAUAUUGUCGAAUGGAAGCCCUUCGAAAUAAUUAUUCUCCUAACUAUUUUCGCUAAUUGUGUGGCCUUAGCCGUCUAUAUACCUUUCCCUGAGGACGACUCGAAUGCAACCAAUUCCAAUCUGGAACGGGUGGAAUAUCUCUUUCUCAUCAUUUUCACAGUGGAAGCAUUUUUGAAAGUAAUAGCUUAUGGGCUUCUGUUUCACCCCAAUGCGUACCUCAGGAAUGGCUGGAAUUUACUAGAUUUCAUUAUCGUGGUUGUAGGGCUUUUUAGUGCUAUUUUAGAACAAGCAACCAAAGCAGAGGGAAUUAACCCAAUCGGAGGUAAAGCUGCUGGAUUCGAUGUCAAAGCUCUUAGAGCGUUCAGAGUACUACGACCAUUACGCCUAGUGUCUGGUGUUCCAAGCCUCCAGGUGGUGUUAAAUUCAAUCAUCAAGGCCAUGGUCCCAUUGCUACAUAUCGCUUUGUUGGUGCUGUUUGUAAUUAUCAUCUAUGCUAUUAUAGGAUUAGAACUCUUCAUGGGUAAAAUGCACAAAACCUGCUUGUUUAAUGAAACAGAUACAGUUGCUGAAGAGGAACCUGCACCCUGUAGCUUAAAUAUUGGACAUGGUCGUCGAUGUUCAAAUGGCACAUUAUGUAAAAGUGGAUGGGUUGGCCCCAAUGACGGAAUCACUAAUUUCGAUAACUUUGCGUUUGCUAUGUUAACCGUAUUUCAGUGCAUCACCAUGGAGGGGUGGACUGAUGUCUUAUACUGGAUGCAGGAUGCCAUGGGCUAUGAGCUACCUUGGGUCUAUUUUGUGAGUCUGGUCAUCUUUGGAUCCUUCUUCGUUCUAAAUCUGGUUCUUGGUGUCUUAAGCGGAGAGUUUUCCAAAGAGAGAGAGAAGGCCAAAGCUCGAGGGGAUUUUCAAAAGUUAAGGGAGAAACAACAGUUAGAGGAAGAUCUCAAAGGCUACCUGGACUGGAUUACCCAAGCCGAAGACAUAGAUCCAGACAAUGAAGAUGAGGGAAUGGAUGAAGAUAAACCCAGAAACUUGAGCAUGCCUACUUGUGAAACUGAGUCUGUGAAUCACGAGAAUGUUGCUGGUGCAGAAUUAGAAGAUUUGAAUUGCUGCGCUAAAGUUGGGCAUCGAAUUUCCAAGUCCAAGUUCAGUCGAUAUUGGCGAAGAUGGAACCGAUUUUGCAGGAGAAAAUGUAGAGCUGGUGUGAAGUCUAGUGUCUUUUACUGGCUUGUAAUAUUUCUUGUAUUCCUCAACACCCUCACCAUUGCAUCUGAACAUUACAACCAGCCUUACUGGCUUACCCUAGUUCAAGACACUGCAAACAAAGUCCUUUUGGCACUUUUCACUGGUGAAAUGCUACUUAAGAUGUACAGUCUUGGACUUCAAGCUUAUUUUGUAUCACUUUUUAACCGCUUUGACUGUUUCAUUGUCUGUGGGGGAAUCCUUGAGACUAUUCUGGUGGAGACCAAGAUUAUGUCCCCACUUGGUAUUUCAGUGCUUCGCUGUGUGCGACUUCUGAGAAUAUUUAAAAUUACAAGAUAUUGGAAUUCCUUGAGUAAUUUGGUAGCUUCCCUCCUGAAUUCAGUUCGAUCAAUUGCUUCUUUGUUGCUGCUCCUGUUCCUUUUCAUCAUAAUCUUUUCACUCUUGGGCAUGCAACUUUUUGGAGGAAAGUUUAAUUUUGAUGAGAUGGAAACAAAACGGAGUACAUUUGAUAACUUUCCUCAGUCCCUUCUUACUGUCUUCCAGAUUCUUACAGGUGAAGACUGGAAUUCAGUGAUGUAUGAUGGCAUAAGGGCAUAUGGAGGUCCAUCAUUCCCAGGAAUGCUGGUUUGUAUUUACUUCAUCAUCCUCUUCAUCUGUGGGAACUAUAUACUGUUAAAUGUAUUCUUGGCCAUCGCUGUUGACAAUCUGGCUGAUGCUGAAAGUUUGACUUCUGCCCAGAAGGAGGAGGAAGAAGAAAAAGAGCGCAGAAAGCUAGCAAGGAACACAAGCCCAGAAAAAUCAACUGAUAAUGAAAAGCAACCAGUAGAUGAGGAGAAGAAAUUAGAGAAAAUUGAAUUGAAGACAAUCACUGCUGAUGGAGACAUGCCUCCUGCUACAAAGAUUGAAUUGGAAGACUAUCAAGUUGAGGACAAUGAAGAGAAGAAUCCUUAUCCCACCGAUGAAUUCCCUGGAGAUGAAGAUGAUGAUGAGCCAGAAAUGCCUGUAGGACCACGUCCUCGGCCACUCUCUGAACUGCAUAUAAAAGAGAAGGCUGUUCCCAUGCCAGAUGCCAGCGCAUUCUUCAUCUUCAGUACUACAAACAGGUUCCGGGUACUGUGCCACAGAAUUGUCAAUGACAACAUUUUUACAAAUCUCAUCUUGUUCUUCAUACUCAUGAGUAGUAUUUCAUUGGCAGCAGAAGAUCCUGUCCACCAGAACACAAGAAGAAACCAAGUCCUUACCUAUGCAGAUUAUGUCUUCACGAGUAUUUUUACAGUGGAAAUCAUAUUAAAGAUGACCGCCUAUGGUGCAUUCAUUCACAAAGGCUCCUUCUGCAGGAAUUAUUUCAACAUACUUGACCUGGUUGUGGUUAGCGUCUCUCUUAUAUCGUUUGGAAUGGACUCCAGCGCAAUAGCAGUAGUAAAGAUUCUCAGAGUGCUGCGAGUAUUAAGACCUUUGAGAGCCAUUAACAGAGCGAAGGGAUUGAAGCACGUUGUUCAGUGUGUAUUUGUGGCCCUGAGAACCAUUGGUAAUAUUGUGAUAGUCACCACAUUAUUACAGUUCAUGUUUGCUUGUAUUGGUGUGCAGCUGUUCAAGGGGAAGCUCUACACGUGCACAGAUGGAUCCAAACAGAGAGAGUUUGAAUGCAAAGGGCAGUAUAUUUUGUACAAAGAUGGAGAUGUAAAUCUGCCAAUGAUAAGUAAACGAGAAUGGAAGAACAGUGAAUUCAACUUUGAUGAUGUCCCGUCUGCAAUGAUGGCUCUUUUUACUGUCUCAACUUUUGAAGGAUGGCCACAGUUGCUUUAUCGAGCCAUUGAUUCUCAUACAGAGGAUGCUGGUCCAAUUUACAACUACAGAGUGGAGAUAUCAAUCUUCUUCAUCAUCUACAUCAUCGUUAUUGCCUUCUUCAUGAUGAAUAUUUUUGUAGGUUUCGUCAUCGUUACAUUUCAGGAACAGGGGGAGCAGGAAUACAAAAACUGUGAACUGGAUAAAAAUCAGCGCCAGUGUGUGGAAUAUGCCUUAAAGGCUCGGCCUCUUCGGCGGUAUAUUCCAAAGAAUACUUACCAGUAUAAAGUAUGGUAUGUGGUAAAUUCCACCUACUUCGAGUACCUGAUGUUUGUCUUGAUCCUGCUGAACACAAUUUGCCUGGCAAUGCAGCACUAUGGCCAGUCACAGACCUUCAGUCAAGCCAUGGAUGUCCUUAAUAUGCUGUUCACCGGGCUGUUCACAGUUGAAAUGAUUUUGAAGUUAAUUGCAUUCAAGCCCAGAGGUUACUUUAGUGAUCCCUGGAAUGUUUUUGACUUCCUCAUCGUAAUUGGCAGCAUAAUAGACGUCAUUCUGAGUGAGAUCAAUCACUAUUUUUGUGAUGCAUGGAAUAUAUUUGACGCCUUAAUUGUUGUGGGUAGCGUUGUUGAUAUAGCUAUCACAGAGGUGAACCCAGCUGAGAAUACCCUAUCCACUUCCACUCCUACGGUACUCCAGAAUUCAGAUGAAAACUCCAGAAUUUCCAUUACAUUCUUCCGUCUAUUUCGGGUGAUGCGCCUGGUGAAGCUGUUAAGUCGAGGUGAGGGAAUCCGAACAUUGCUAUGGACAUUCAUCAAAUCAUUUCAGGCAUUGCCAUAUGUUGCUCUUCUAAUAGUUAUGCUGUUCUUCAUCUAUGCUGUGAUUGGCAUGCAAGUGUUUGGUAAGAUUGCCAUGAUUGAUGGGACUCAAAUCAACAGGAACAACAAUUUUCAAACCUUCCCACAGGCUGUUCUGUUGCUCUUCAGAUGUGCUACAGGUGAGGCUUGGCAGGAGAUCAUGUUAUCUUGCCUCCCAGGAAAACAUUGUGAGAAAGAGCCAACACGUCAUGAAACAGAGCUUAACUGUGGAACCUAUUUUGCUUUCUUCUACUUUGUUAGUUUCUACAUGCUGUGUGCCUUCUUGAUCAUCAACCUCUUUGUAGCUGUUAUCAUGGAUAAUUUUGAUUAUUUAACCCGUGAUUGGUCUAUUCUUGGUCCACACCAUCUAGAUGAAUUUAAGAGGAUCUGGGCUGAGUAUGAUCCUGAGGCCAAGGGUCGCAUCAAGCAUUUGGAUGUGGUUACUCUCCUGAGAAGGAUACAACCACCAUUGGGAUUUGGCAAGUUGUGUCCACAUAGAGUGGCCUGUAAACGCUUGGUAUCCAUGAAUAUGCCUUUAAACAGCGAUGGCACAGUCAUGUUCAAUGCAACUCUCUUUGCAUUGGUUAGAACUGCAUUAAGGAUCAAAACUGAAGGUAAUUUGGAACAAGCAAACGAAGAACUUCGCGCAAUUAUUAAGAAAAUCUGGAAACGUACAAGCAUGAAGUUGUUGGAUCAGGUCGUGCCACCAGCAGGAGAUGAUGAAGUUACUGUUGGAAAAUUCUAUGCCACAUUCUUAAUCCAGGAUUACUUCAGAAAAUUCAAGAAGCGCAAGGAACAAGGCAUUGUUGGGAAAGCAGUGCAGAAAAAUGCAUUGUCUCUACAGGCAGGUCUGCGUACGUUACAUGACAUUGGCCCUGAGAUUCGUCGUGCAAUAUCUGGGGACCUGACAGCAGAAGAAGAACUGGAAAAAGCAAUGAAAGAGGCUUCUUCAGCUGCAUCUGAAGAUGACAUUUUCAGGAGGGCUGGUGGUUUAUUUGGUAACCAUGUUGGCUAUUAUCCAAGUGAUUGUCGAGGCUCCUUUCCACAAACUUUCACCACACAACGUCCUUUGCACCUCAAUAAAUCAGGAACCUCUCAAGCUGAAAUAGAAUCACCGUCCCAUGAGAAACUGGUUGAUUCAACGUUCACUCCAAGCAGCUAUUCCUCUUCUGGAUCAAACGCCAAUAUUAACAAUGCCAAUAAUACUGCAAUAUCCAGAUUCCCAAUUUCAGUCAACUACCAAAGCACCGUCAACACAGUGGAUGGUCAUAACAAUUCUUUGACUUCAGCGCUUAUAUUGCAAGGCACAACAUGGAGAAUCAAUCCGAAACGGACACGGUAUUAUGAAACAUUGAUACGUUCAGACUCUGAAGAUAGCAGUUUGCCAAUUAUUCAGCGAGAGGAAGCAUAUUCCGAUGAAAUUUAUGAUGAGAACUUCAAUGAAGAUCCUCAUUGCUGUAGGGAGGACAGCAUACUUCCUUCAGAACUGAAUUCAUAUCAAGAGCAUGAUGAAAAACAGCUCACUCCAUCAGUGGAUUGCUGCGAGGAAAGUGACAAAAGGACCAUGUCUCCUUCAAAGGGACUUCUUUCAGCAACAUCAUUAGUGAGAAGAUCAUCAUUUCACCUGGAGUGCCUAAAGAGACAGAAAAAUCAGGGCUUGGAAGUUCCUUGCACAUCUCCACUCUCUCAGAGGACAGCACUCCCACUACAUUUAAUACAGCACCAGGUAACAACGCUGCCAGAUCUGCUGAACUUUUCCAACAACUCAGGAUACAUGUAUGCAAAAACAAUGUUCCAAACCAAUAUGCAAGGCUCAAAAUUUGGUCUGUGUACUGGAGAUUAAAAAUCCACAGGCCUGUCAGGCACUCUCUUCACCAGAGUGAAGGUUAUUGAACCUUUUUUUGUAGUGCUCCAAAUUUACUUACUGUGGCUUCCAACACCUCAACAUAGAAUUUCUUGAUCUGAGAAUGUAGCCUCUUCCUGCCACCAAAAGUGCACCUCCCUCAUCUUCAUUAAUACCUCUAAGAAAGCCUUCAAGUUGGCAUUAGCAAAAUUAGUGGCACUCCUACCCGGCUUCCAGCAAUUCUACACUCCCAUGUCUGCCAUAAUGUUGCAAUGGUUCCAUGUAACACCAACAAUGGUGGUUUCCAUAAUCAGUUUAAAUGGAUUUUUUUUUGUCCCAUCUCCUUUACUCCUUCACCCCCACUAACUAACAACCCAGUAUGCUGUCAGCCACUUAUUAGUCCCUUCAUGGCCUGUAAUUACUUCUUCUGCAAUGGUGAGACAGGGACCUGGAAACAGUCCCAACUAGGGAGGCCAUGACUUAGUACAAGACUAUUAACCCAGAAACUCAGCUAAUAUUAUGGGCAACCAUGUUCAAAUACCACCACGGCAAAUCAUGUAAUUUGGAUUCAAUAAAAAUAUAUGGAAUUAAGUAUCUACUUUGACAAUUAACUGUCGUUGAUUAUUGGGAAAACCCAUCGAGUUCACUAAUAUCCAACAGGGAAGAAAAAGUGCUAUCUUCAUGUGGUCUGGCCACAUGUGACCCUCAGCCACUCAGUUGUAACAAUUUCUAUGAAAUGUCAACAAAGAAAUUAAACAACACAGACCACCUGGCAUUGGCCUAAGCAUCGGAAAUGACAACGAUUGAAAACAGCCUGUCAACCCUGCAAAGCCCUCCCUGCUAACAGCUAUUUCAUAGUCUAGUCAAGCAACAGUCUGACAUAGUCAUGCUCAUGGAAUCAUACCUCACAGACAGUGUCCCAUACACCACCACCAGCAUCCCUGGAUAUAUCCUAUCCCACCAGCAGGACAGGCCCAGCAGAGGUGAGGGCACUGUAGUAUACGGUUAAGAGGAAACUGGUUUGGCAGUCCUCAGCAUUGACUCCAGACCG